GGCGCGCACUGCUCCGCAGGGUCCCAGCUCCAGCCGUGCGCUUUCCGCCGGGUUCCCCGCUCCAUGCAGCCGGGGUAGCGCUCGGCGACCGGAGGCCCCGUCGCUCGUCUCGCGCUCCUCCUCCGCUGCACACUCCCGCCCGAACUCGGCCGUGCGCUCCCGCGGGCCACCCCAGGCGCAGCUCUGACCCCCAGCUUCCCAGGCGCACGGACCGCCUGACAGACGCGCGGCCCUCGGGCCGGGAUGUCGGGGCCCGGGCCGGCCGCGGCGGCACUGCUCCCCGCGGUCCUGCUGGCCUUGCUGGCCCCCUGGGAGGGCCGAGGGAGCGCCGCCGCACCCGCCGCACCCAACGGCACGCUGGAGGCCGAGCUGGAGCGCAGCUGGGAGAGUCUGCUGGCGCGCUCGCUGACGCGCCUGCCGGUGGCAUCGCAGCCCAAGGAGGCGGCCGUCCAGAGCGGCGCCGGCGACUACCUGCUGGGCAUCAAGCGGCUGCGGCGGCUCUACUGCAACGUGGGCAUCGGCUUCCACCUCCAGGUGCUCCCCGACGGCCGCAUCGGCGGCGCGCACGCGGACACCCGCGACAGCCUGCUGGAGCUCUCACCCGUGGAGCGGGGCGUGGUGAGCAUCUUCGGCGUGGCCAGCCGGUUCUUCGUGGCCAUGAGCAGCAAGGGGAAGCUCUAUGGCUCGCCCUUCUUCACCAGUGAGUGCAAGUUCAAGGAGAUUCUCCUCCCCAACAACUACAACGCCUACGAGUCCUACAAGUACCCCAGCAUGUUCAUCGCUCUGAGAAAGAACGGGAAGACCAAGAAUGGGAACAGAGUGUCACCCACCAAUAAGGUCACCCACUUCCUCCCCAGGCUGUGACCCUCCGGAAGGCCCCUGCCUCAGCCUCGGGAAGCCCCCGGGAGGGGAGCAUCGAGGGCCACCUUGGUGCACUUUUCUUCGGAUGAAGAGUUUAAUGCAAGAGUAGGUGUAAGAUAUUUAAAUUAAUUAUUUAAAUUUGU